CUCCCUGUCCGUCACCAGCUCCCGGAGUUUACUCAAACUCAUGCCCAUAGAGUCGGUGAUGCCAUCCAGCCAUCUCAUCCUCUCUCGUCCCCUUCUCCUCCUGCCUCCAACCCCUCCCAGCAUCACUAUGGGCUGUUACUUCUGCACAAUUAAUAAGGUCUGGCUUACUUCACUCUACUCCCUACAUUGACCACUAGGUGGUGCCAUUGUGAUUUCCUGGUUAAGUUGAUUACCAAGUUCAGAGAAAGGAGCACUGUGAAGUGAUUUUGGAGGUAACAUCUCGAGGGACUAAGACCCAGUGAUUAUAUAGAGUAACCAUUUUUCAUUUACCCAUCCGCCCACCCAUAAAUAAGUAAAUAAUACUUAAUUACUAAGUAUUAAGUGCCUUCUAGCUUCCAGAUUCUGGAGAAUGACAGCUGAGUAAGACAGGCCCGUAUUUCCAGGAAGCUCACAAUCUAGCUGAGGAGAGUAAGUCAGCCAUUACAACAUAGUAUAAAAAGGGCUAUGAUGAAAGUACAUGUGGAAUAUCAUGGAGCACCGAGGAGAGCUACCUAACUCAGCUUAGAGAAUUUAAGAAGACUUAGAGGAGCUGAUACCUGCUUGGGAACUGAAAAACAAGAGUUAGAGCUUAUCUGGAGGUACCAACUGUCCUCUCUAUGGGAAGGCUGUCUUUCAGGGUAGGGGGCGGGUUCAUUUUUGUAUAGAAUUGUGAAUGAACAAAGGAAUAUCCACUUAACAAGCCACAUCAACCAAAAUAGUCCUGCCAGUCACAAAGAGUGACUCCUGACCAGAACACUCUUACUUCUAACAUCUAGGAGAUAGGUAGAUGAAUAGGAUGAUAAACAAUUCUAGACAAAAAAAAUUGCACUUGAGGGACAUUGACAAGACGUAAUAUAACAUUUGGGGAAUUGGAGCUAGUUUAAAGUGAAGAGUAUUGGCUGGGGGUUGUGAGAGAUUGGGGGUAGGGAGUUGAUAAAAUUGACCUUUUAGAAAUCUGAACUUGACCUUGUCAUUUCCCUUAAAAUGUACUAUUUUUCAGGACUGAGUGUAAAUUACUCAGCUUGUUGUUGAUCCAACAAAUACUGAGGCUAGGGGUGGGAGGGUACUAUAUGCCUAGCAUUCAUACAGGCUCAAAGGUAAAGCAGUGAUCCAAGCAGAGCCGAAGCCCUGUCCACGAGGAGGGGCCUUAUAUUUCAGGGGCCCUUCAUACGCUGGACCCCAGCGUCCCUUUACAGUUUUACCCCACCCCCCCCCUCCCGUGCCCCCCAACUUCCAGCCUACCUCCCAUGCACCGUGCACGCGCUGGUCUUUUCACCUGCUGAGCCUUUCCACAUUCGUCGUGUUACACUAGUCCACUCCUCUCAGACCCCACCCCCGGCGCUGCCGCUUCAAGACAUCGGGCUCCCCUGCAAAACGAGGCCCCUCUUCCUGCCAGCUAAAGCCCUGUUGCCCCUCCCCUGCCUCCUGGGGAUUGUGAGCUAAGAGCCAGGGGUGAGAGGCUUGGGUCGGCAGCUCCCGCACGCCUCGGCUGGCCCCUCCACCGCACAGGAAGCGGGGGAGGAGUGUGGGCCCCCACCCCAUCUAAGAAUGUCUGGUCCCCAGGCCUCAUGCUGGGCACCGGGGACCUCGGUCGGCACUCAAGUUCCUUUCCCUGUUCCAGAGAAGGAAGACCACAUGGGCAGUGCCAACUCAGAGUGCCAGCUGUCGCACGGUGAGUGCAGCAGUUUCUUCCUGACCAAAGAGCAGAGCCAUCCCCAGAUGAAUGAAUUUACCUGGAAGGAUGUUGUCAAUGCCUUGUCCCUGGCCAACAUGAUCCUGGGGCUCUUCUCCAUCUUCUGCAGCUUCUGCAAGAAAUCCUCCUGCGCCUCCUGGAUGGUUUUGGUCAGCUUUCUAUUAGACAUGGCUAUCGGGUCAGCGACCAGACACCUGAACAUCUGCUCCAGAUCCGGAACUGAGCUGAAUGACUUUGCAGUCUUCACCACCUUUGGCCUGGCCUCAGCCCUGCUUCUAGGCGUGGAUGGACCUCUGAAUGGGUUCCUGGCCAUCAUCUAUGUGUUAGCUAUUUCAUUCCGCCUCUGUUUUUAUUCAGCCGGCAUUCCUUUCACAUACAAGGGUCUACCCUGCCCCUAUGCUUCCUGUGUUUUGGCUUCCACCUCCCUCCUGACCAAAGGCAACACAUUCAUUCUCUCUUGCAUGGCCUCACUCAUGAUUCUGUUCAUGAUGGACCAGAGCUACUACCCACAUGACGAAAUCCUGGAGUCUGAGAGCUGGAAAAAAAUGGUCUAUCUGGGAGGUGUCAUCAUGCUGUUUUUGUGUCCAUUCUCUAUAACUGCUUUUUACUGCCUGAUGUGGUCACUCUCCUACAUCUUCUUUCCAGAUGCUCUGUGGGGCAAGGCAGCAUGUCCUCGGCCAUGGUACUGAAGAUAUUAAACAGCCCUACCCGCUCCCACUGGCCUCUGUGGGGUUUCUGCCAGCAUGGUGGGCCAAACCUUGCCUCACCCUCACUGAAUCUUUCCUUGUCUCUGUUGUGCAGUGCUAGAUACACGUGGCCUUGAACCAGAGCAACCCACAGUCGGGCCAGUGGCCUGUACUUCUUCCUCUUUAUUCAGGAUUCUGAAUCCCUUGGUGACAAUAGUUUGUAUCAUACAGAACAGAUUUUUUUCCAAGCUAAACUUGGCCUGGGUUUGAGUUCUAGUUCUGUUACCAGCUGGUGCACUGUUUGUCCCUUGGAAAUGAAUGAAACCCUUCAGGAUUGGUGUAGCCUCCACCUUGUCCUGCCUGAAUGUAAUGACUCCAGGGGUAAGGUGGGGCUUACUAACGGGUUUCUUACAUUUAUAGACUCUGGCUCUGUAGAGCAGAGCUGAUGGCAGGGCAAUUCUGUUGCCCCAUUUAUGUGUAGGAUUUUGUAACUGAAUAUUCUCUAUUUUCACAAUUAAAACUUAUGCUUUUUGCUUUGUUGAGAAUUAGACACAUUGGCAUCUUGAGGGCAUCAUCUGGCCUCCAGGAUCUCAUUAUGUGUUUUCUUUUCCCUAAGCUCUAAAAAUACUAAACUCAAGAUAUUCAAAGGACGUUUCAUAUUCUAAAAUCCAGAUUGAACAGAAAUAAAGAGAACUGUAUGGAACCCUCAAGUGGCACGUCAUAGAGAACUCAGGCCCACUAAAAGUCAUGCUCGCAGCAUUGCCUCUGGACUUUCCACCUCCA